CCCACCCAACGCUCCGGCGAGGUGAGAGGUCACUGUGAAUCCGCCGCUGCUCCCUCGCCGCCGCCGCCGCCGCCGCCAGCAGCAGCAGCGGUUGCCGUCGCGGGCUACGUCGGAGGCGAGCCGCCAGGGAGGGAGGGGGGAGGUCGGCCUACCUGCGCCCACAUGCUCGGCACGCGCUGGCACGCGGGGGCGCAGCAGCAGCAGCCACGGCCGAGGUGUCGUGGCUCCGGGCGGCCCGCCGGGCUCGACCCUCGCGCGGCGCAUGGAUUUGGUUGCAGCGUCGGCAAGCUGAAGCUGGAGAGAAAUGCUUCGCGGCUGGCGAUUCCCUCUGCUUCAAACAACGAUGCCAACCACCGCGGAACGCUUGCUAUCUGCAGAGCGCAAAGUGAAGAUUCUAAAGGUGGGGGAGGAUUCCUGACUGGAUUUCUUAUAGGGGGCGCAAUCUUUGGAACAUUGGGAUAUGUCUUUGCUCCCCAGAUCAGCAAGACACUAGAUUCUUUAUUGGAUGAAAGUGGACAAGACAGUGAAUCUGAUGAACAUGGCCUAGUAAAGCCACGGUAUGGUCGAUAUUAUGAUGAAGGUUUAGAGAAAACCCGUCAAACACUGGGUGACAAGAUAAGCCAACUAAACUUGGCAAUUGACAAAGCUGCCUCCCGGUUGAAGCGUGUGUCUGGCAACGAGGAAAAGGAAGCUAUUAAUGAUGAAUCAGAAAUCGAAAUAUCCUCACUGAACGAGCAUGUGGCGGAAAACUUGGAUGAGCAUGGUUUUGUGCAAGGUGAAACUGCAACGUAGCGGACGCAUUGUUGAAAAUAGGCAGCAGAGCAGAGCAGAGCAAGUCUUCAGUGCCCUUGGAAUAUGAAAAGUUGAGCUGAACUGGAUGAUCUGUUCAACCCAUUGGCAGCAUGGAAUGAAUGAAUUUUUUUCGUGUCUCUGACUUUUUGCCUGAUACAUCUUUCGACUGUUCUUGAAAUCCUAGGAAGUAUUGCGACAUCGGUGUACAUAUAUCUCAUAGUGUUAAUCAUAAUGCACCGGGCCUGUUCUUUUGUGCUGAAUCGCUGAAUGUCUAAAUAAUUUUAUUAACUU